AUGUAUGAAUUUAUUAACAAAUACAAAAAUAAAUAUGUGAAUUAUGAAGAUUUAAAGGAUAAGGCAAUAUUUAUAAGAAAGAAUGAUGGUACUUAUUUUGGUGAAAUAUUAAAUUAAAGGAAGCAUGGAAAAGGUAUAAUGGUAAGUGGAAAUUAUUUUUAUGCUGGAGAUUUUUAAAAUGAUACAAAACAUGGAAUAGGUUAUGAAAGAAAUUAAGAUGGAACAUCAUAUGAUGGAGAAUUUGUAAAUGAUUAACAUUAAGGAUUUGGUACAUAUUGGUAUGCUGAUGGUAGUUAUUAUGAGGGAAAUUGGUGUAAUUCUUAGAAACAUGGAUAAGGAUUAUAUAGAAAAGGAGAUGAUAUAGAAUAUUAUGGAGAUUGGAAAUUUGGUUAAAUAGAUGGAAAAGGUUAAUUAAAGACAAAAAAAUCAAAAUAUGAAGGAGAGUUUAAGAGUGGUUAAAAAAAUGGAUUUGGUAUAGAAAAAUUUAAUGAUGAAAUUUGUUAUCGUGGUUAUUAUAUAAAUGGUAAACCUGAAGGAUAAGGUUUAUUAAUUGGAGAUGGUUUUAAAUAUGAAGGUCAAUUUAAGAAUGGACUUAAACAUGGCAAUGGUAAAUUAAUAAUUAAUAAUGUGGAAUAUGAAGGAUCAUUUUUAAAUGAUUAAAAAAAUGGAUAUGGAGAAAUCAAAUGGCCAAGUGGAAGUUAUUUUAAAGGAUAUUUUCUUAAUGAUGUAAGAUAAGGAUUUGGAUAAAUGUUUUGGUAAGAUGGUUCAUUCUAUAAAGGAUAAUGGUCUAAUGAUACAUAAUAAGGAUAAAUAAGAUUGUUUAAUAUUCAUAGAUUAAUUAGCACUACUUUUAAUACUAACAAAGCAAAUAUUGAAGAACCUACUAUUCCAUAAUUAGUUACAAACUAAUCAUUAAAUAUUAAAUAAAAUAAUACACGUUCUAGAAUAUCAACAAAAUCUAGAAUUUCUAGCUCUUGUUCAUCUCCUCCUAAAAAAAAGUUUUGCCCAAGAAACUCAACUGUCUAAAACAAUUGA